AACCCCGGCCGCGCAGGACGCCGCGCGCAGUCCCGCCCGGUCCGGCCCUGCCCUGCCCUGCCCCGCGCGGGCGGCGCGAUGUGAGGCUCCCGAGGGCCCGAGCGUCCCCUGGCUCGCCAGCUCCGCGCAGCGCCGGCGCCAGCAUGCGCUAGGAACGUUUUGUGCUGACUGAAGGUGAGGACCAGCAGUCAACUCAUCUCUGUGUCUCCCAGCCCAGUGCCAGGCACACACCCCUCUGCAGACACCAGCCUCCAGGGCAAGAUGGCGACCAAGCAGCCCCCUCCUCUCAUGAAGAAGCACAGCCAGACAGACCUCGUGAGCCGCCUGAAGACCCGCAAGAUCCUCGGCGUGGGCGGGGAGGAUGACGACGGGGAGGUGCACCGCUCCAAGAUCAGCCAGGUCUUGGGUAACGAAAUCAAGUUUGCUGUUCGGGAGCCUCUGGGGCUGAGGGUUUGGCAGUUUGCUUCCGCUGUGCUGUUCUCUGGCAUUGCCAUCAUGGCCCUUGCCUUCCCUGACCAGCUCUAUGAUGCUGUCUUCGACGGAGCCCAGGUGACCAGCAAGACCCCCAUCCGUCUCUACGGCGGGGCUCUCCUCAGCAUCUCCCUGAUCAUGUGGAAUGCUCUCUACACGGCCGAGAAGGUUAUCAUCCGGUGGACUCUGCUCACCGAAGCCUGUUACUUCGGGGUCCAGUUCUUGGUGGUCACCGCCACGCUAGCUGAGACAGGCCUCGUGUCCCUGGGGAUCCUGCUGCUCCUGGCCAGUCGUCUCCUUUUUGUCGCCAUCAGCGUUUACUACUAUUACCAAGUUGGCCGAAAACCCAAGAAAGUCUAGCCCCUUGCUGGGCUAGGGGCCCCCGUGGGGCAGGGAGACCCUGCCUGGGGCCUUGGUUUCCCUCUGGCUCCUGGAAGGCAGGAAGGACCCUGCCUGCACCAGGCCUGCCCCAGGCAGGUGGGGCCGCUUGCCUUCCUUUCCUCCUGGGCACCCCCACAUGCUGUGAUCUCCUGGACUUUCAGGCUUGGGGAGGGACAAGGCCUCGGCAUCUCUGCCCUUCACCCCACACAGCAGCACCUCCUGUUUUUGGCUCUCUUGGCCUUCUGAUCCCGUGGAUAGACACUGACCAAAGAGCUUGAGUCAUGGGGUGUUGGGCUAAGGAGCGGCUUCUGCCCCUUAUGCCAGGACACCUUUCUUUCGUUUGGGAGGGGUGCCCUGCUUCCCUGUCCUCCCUGCACCCCAGCCACUCUAGUGCCCACACAGCUGAACGUGGCUUCUGUGUAUGCCUGGAAGAUCUGAUCGCUCGACCCUGAGCCCAUC